AUGCGACGGAACGCGUGCAAAUUCAUGCAAGAGACUAUUCUGCCUACGGUGAUCCAAUUGGGCCGGAGACAGCAAGAACAACAGGCGCCGGGGGAGCAUCGGCCAGCGGCCCGGGUGGCUGUGGUGGACAUCAAAGACGCCAGCGCAUAUUUUGACCUGUACACGUUCGCCCAGUUCUUUGGCAUUGACGGCGCCAGUGUGCUUUCCGGGGCGGUUGAGGGUCUCGAGCUACUGGCCUGCGUUGAGGAGAUGGUGAAGAGCGGCCGUGUGAUGCCUGGGACACGCACCGACCUGGAGGUGCCCGUUGUUCUCCUGUUUCGCCCCGGCGCUGCGGCGUACCUCCGCAAGGGGCGCCAGUGGACGCCGCAGCAGAUUGCGGAGACAACGUCGCUGCGCAUGUUGGCCGACGUGGCCCAAAUGGAGCCGUUCAUCGCGGAGGUGCCGCAGGGGACGGUUGCGUCGCCGCUUUCCCUUCCGCAGCAUCUUCUCGCUGACUACGAGCGCUGCCUCGCGGCGCCCCCUCGCACCCGCGCGAGUGCGGCGGCAAACCAGCGGGCGGCGCCGACGGUGACGCGGCCGCUGACGAUGCCACGCCCGGCCUCCUCUCCGAGGCGGAGUUGCGGCAGCAGCAGGGGACGGCAAUGGAGGCGUUGCGCCUGGCUCCCCUGUGGCUGCGGGGGCGGAAAAAGGAAAACCCCGGCGGCGUGGAGGCUCGCAGAGACCUGCCCGCGGAGGAUCGCGUGGGAGCGGUGA